UGAACGGUUAAUUAGUUCGCACACUGGAAGAACGUUUUAUAUCUAAACUCAGAAAAUGGUUUCCGUUUCUUUUAGGAUAAGACGUGGAUAGAACAUAACCUGGUGACGUUGGUGGAGUUCGCUAUUGCUAUGAUGAACCUUCUCGAUCAGAUUAACAGAGACUCUUUCCAGACGUUCCGGUUACGUGUGGGAAUAAACCAUGGACCAGUUAUAGCUGGUGUAGUGGGUGCCCAGAAGCCGCAGUACGACAUCUGGGGAAACACAGUCAACGUAGCCAGUAGGAUGGACAGUUGUGGUGUCAAUGGUCGGAUCCAGGUAACAGAAGAGACAGCGAAUAUUCUACUAGAGGCUGGCUACUUGUGUGAAUGUAGAGGUUCAGUCUAUGUAAAAGGGAAAGGUCACUUAACAACGUACUUCGUGAAAACACACUUGGACAAGUGCAGUGGAGAUGUUUUAACUCGACUAUGACAGCAGAGUAAAGAACUCUAUCACGCAAAUAUAUCUGCUCUCUAUCAUUCAUUUUACAUAAAGAUAUCGCAUUGGGAUUUUGUUUUGUCCUUGAAGAUUAAGAUAUUUUUUAAGAGAAAGUAUUCUGUUAUUGAAUAUUUGAUGAAUAAAAGUUUCUGAUAUUUUGGCAAUUCAGCGUA